UUUUUUUUUGACUAUCAUCACGCUUUUUGCUUUUUAUAUUUCUUUUGUUCCUUUUUCUUAUUUUGGAUACAUAUAUGGAACUCACCUAUAGUCAGUUAUACAAACAUAAUGGUUAUCAAUGUCAAAUAUCACCUGAUAAUAAAUAUGUGGCCAAUACCGUCGAUACAACUGUAGUCAUUCGCGAUCAUUCUCAAGAUAUGGUUGUUAUGCACGUUUACGAAACCAACCAUGUCAUUGAUUGGAUGUCUUGGUCUCCUAAUGCUCAAUAUAUUGUCACCAUGAAUAAAGAACAUUGUAUUGCCAAUAUCUGGUCUAUCAGUGAUACUAAUUGGAAAACAACCUUAUCCGAUCGACGAUUUGGUAUGCAACGUGGAUGGUGGUCUCCUGAUGGUUCAAGUAUAUUGAUAUCUUCAGAUCUGGACUUGAAAAUAACGAUUUGGAUGUUCUUGAAGAAUAAAAUCAAAUAUAUCGAACAUCCCAAAUCUAUUGAUCAAGUUUGUGUACCAAGUCAUGACGGGAAAUAUAUGGCGAUCGUGGAAAAGAAGGAUGGCAAGGAUUAUAUUGAUAUAUUGGAUGCAACAUCAUAUGAAUUAUUACAGCAAUUCCUUACCGAGACAACGGAUGUGGCAAGUAUUCAAUGGUCCCCAGACAGUCAAUUCAUUAUAGCAUAUGAUAAUUGUUUAUACUACAAGCUGUUGGUAUAUCGGUUUGAUGGUUAUUUAACCUAUUCUUAUUCUGCUUAUGAACAUGGUUUGGGUAUUAAAUGUAUCUCUUGGCAUGAUGAAUUGCUUGCUAUUGGAAGUUAUGAUGAAAAGGUUCGAUUGAUCAACACUUGCAGUUGGCAAUUGGUGACUGUAUUAUCUCAUUCCAAUGUGAUCAAACCUAACAGCCAAAGUUCAUUGAUGAUAUACGAAGAAUAUGACUUACCCAGUACAAAGGCACCUACUCUAGAUACAAAAGUAGCAUAUCGAGUUCUUGCUAGACGACCUAUUCAACUUCCAGUCCUUCGACCAGAAUUCAAUCGACAUGAUCCGAAUAUUGGUAUUAGUUUUUGUCAAUUUUGCGUAGAUGGAUCAUUACUAGCAACAAAAGAUGAUACGAUGCCGAAUACAUUAUGGAUAUGGGAUAUUCGUCAAUUACAAGUAUGUCUUAUUAUAUCACAAAAAAAUCCUCUUCGACAAGUGGUUUGGAAUCCAAAAUAUCCUCAUGUCUUGGCCAUGGCUUGUGGUGAUGAAAAUGUUUAUAUCUUAUACCAAGAAUCAUCAACUCAUUCAACACUAUCUACUUCAUUAAAGAUUAUACCCAUUUCUGUCCCAACUAGCAAAUUCUCAGUACGACAUAUCGAAUGGAGUUCGGAUGGUAGAACUUUACUAUUAUUAGAUCAUCAUUUAUAUUGUUUAGCCUCGUUCUAUUAUCUGCAUUGUCAAUAAAGUUUAUACU